CCAGAUGAGAGAGUGCAAUAAUACCAGUAAUAUCACUACCAUUGAUCGUAUGCCAGCGUUAUUUAAAUUUAUCCUUCAUAUAUCAAUUAAAUAUAAUCAAUUAUUAUGCAUGCAAUAAAAGUACAAAAGAGAACGAAUGCCGCUCGUUCAGUUGGAGAGUGACAGCUUUGGCUCGUGUCACUGAGAUAAGAUGGAAGAAUUUGUUUGCCUCUUCACUAUUUGAUUACUCGUCACAUCUUGAAGGUAAAGAAAACCUGGGUUCUGUCUUUUUCUACAAACAGUUCAAUCCAAGUUUUUUUGUCGUGCUUAUGCUGAAAUUGUUCUCCAAAAGCAAUUUGGUUUCAAAUAAUUCUUUGUUUCGAAAUUUUUCAUUUGACUCGCUCAUGAUUGGUGUAUAUUAAUACGAAGCUACGAAAAAGUGUGUCCUUUUACAGAGGACUAAACCCUCACCACCUUGAUACACGGACAAUGAAAUUUAUUGCAAGGACUACGGAUAAGAUAAAUUGGUUUGCUUCAAACCCUAGUCUGCACUCCGUGGGAUACAAUAGAGCCCUCAAUAUUGUACCUUUGACUUGAUCAGCUGUCGUUUUUUGUUUCAUACGUACAAGCGAUCACCAAGAACUUUUUAUCGUUCUGUUUGAAAUAUUGAUCGAAAUUUGUUUAAAAAUUCAAUUUAGAAUGUUUUGAAAAAGAGAGUGACACCAUCUAAUUAAUGUUGGUGGCCACACUAAACAAAAUAAGGAGUUCGAUUCUUGAAAGAAUGUUUCGUAAAAUAAGAACUUCUUCCUAGGAGGUUGAUGACUGAAUAAAAAUUGGCAAUUUUAAUACUUGAGCAGACAGUUCUAACAGUACUCGAUCCUUUUUAAUUAUUUGUUUCAGUGCCAGUAGAAUAUAUAUAAACAUACUGCAAUUCGUUGGCCUACAAAUUUUAUCAUGUAUCAUGAUCGUUCCUUAAAGGAUCUCAGAAGAUCGUCAGAUGUUGUGCAUUGUUGUUGGUGUGCGGAAAGAAAACUUCAAUGUACUUCAAUUGACUCCAAUGUAAACGCUUCCCACUCGUGUCUCUGAAGAACCUAAACGGAUUUUACUUUCGUCACUUGGAGAACGUUCCCCAAACACUCUUUGUUGUGACUACUUUUUCGACGCCCUAAAGUAGUUUGGUUAGGAGAAGUUCAGAUCCGAUAUUUUCUUUUGUAAAAAAAAAAGAUCUCGCUUAGGGUGUCUAUUUGACGUGGCUGGAUAUCUUGUAUCAACAAAGUUUCACGCUGUUUCUGGCAGCCUUUAAAUUUCAUCUUCGUUUAACGAUUUUGACCUUUAGUAGAUUGCCAUAAGAAAGAACUUAAAGUUUUUCGUCAACUAAAGAAAGCUUGAGAGCGACGUAAGCUUAUUAAUUUUUAUAUUUGAAAUUUGGCGCAUAUUUUUUCCAUUUGUUUUUGGCAAUUUGUGCUACAAACAAACCGUCCACCGCUUCUGUCAUCAAAGAAAAAUUCUAAUUUGCAAUGCAAAAAAAAUGACGCUUUCUAGUCUGUUAUAAAAGCUUGAAUAAUUUUAGUUCUGAAGCUAAGUGGAUUUUACGAUCGUUUAUUCCUAUGAAAUUUUUAACGCGGCUGAGUAUAAAACUGCUACUUAAUCAUUAUUCGAGCAAAUUACAUAUUUUUUUUCACGUCUAAAAGCAGAUGAUAAUGGGAAACAGGCACUUUACUGCUGUAUUAUAGAGAAUAUAGGCGGGAUCUGAGGACAGGCCAUCAAACAUAACAAAGCAAAGAACAGCUGUGUGUGACUGAAAGACAUUUUACAAACAAAUCUCUUGAAAUCCGUCCAAAGCAGAUUUCAAUCAGGAUUGAAGAGAUUUUCGAAAGCGCUUUCAUGGCUGUUGGGUUGCGCCUACUCGGGCAGGUUUCUUUUUAGUGUGGAUGUGUAAAGAAAGCGAUGUGUUUCGACCGUUAGUACUUAGCUUACCGUGUGGAGUAUGCAAAUGCUGCUUCGAAUGUCUUUCUCGGUCUUAGCAGCGAUUCUUUUCACUUCAGCCUGUGCCAGCUCUCUUACGUACUGGAGUGGCAGGAACGCAUCGGUUGUACUGCGCAGGCUUCUUGAUGAGAAACAUUACGACAAGAGAUUUAGACCUGACUUUGAAGGCCGCCCCGUGAAAGUAUUGGUGACAGUGUUUGUUACAUCGCUGGGAGGAUUGGAUGAAAGAGAAAUGCAAUUUGAAAGCACGUUCUUUAUGAGACAAGUGUGGCAAGACUCUCGACUUCAGUUUGAGAAAGAUUAUGUUAAAAGAAAUCUGAGCCUGAAUGGAGACAUCAUGCAACAGAUUUGGAUACCAGACACCUACGUGAACAAUGAAAAGUCCAGCUCUGCACCAAAACAAGAAUUUCUACUCAUGGUUUUUCCAGAUGGAAAAAUCAUCUACAGUCAACGAAUGACUGUAAUUGCGGCUUGCAAGAUGGAUCUGCGGAAUUACCCCAUGGAUAAGCAAAACUGUAGUCUUCUCUUCGAAAGCUAUGGUAUGACCACAGAUGACCUAUUCUUCAAGUGGGACGUAAAGGACGGGAGUGACGAUCUGAAAACCGCCGUGGCAAUAGGAGACGAACUGAUCAUGUCACAGUUCGCACUCGAUGGAUAUUCAGUCCGUGAAAUAACAGCUUCCUAUGUUACAGGAAAUUUUUCCAUGCUGCAGCUAACUUUCUACAUUAGACGAAAAAAAUUCUACUACGUCGUUUCGAUUUAUAUUCCAACAAUUCUAAUCACCAUUUUGAGUUGGGUCUCCUUUUGGAUCCCACGAAACUCUCCACCAGCUCGGGUCGGGCUCGGAAUCACGACCGUCCUCGCCCUGACGACAUUGAUUUUCGGAAUUCAGUCGUCGAUGCCGAAAGUGAGCUACGUAAAAGCAAUUGACUGGUUUCUGUGUGUCUCCUUUCUCUACGUGUUCGCUGCUUUGGUCGAAUAUCCGAGUUCCACUUUUGUCAAGUCUCAAGCCCAGAAACUGUCACGAAAGGGAACGAACAUUCUACGUAAGGUUAAAGGCCUGAAGGAAGACCCUGAAGAUAUUCCGUUAUCAGGGACAAGAUACGGUAGCACAGACAAGGAGGAAUCCGAUCUUCGUAAACUUUCUAGGAACAGAAUUGGAGACAUGAACAGCACCUACGACCAUUCGUUGCAUGAAAACAAUAUAGAUGGUGAUAGUCACCAGACCUCUCAAGGUCGCCGCAAACAAAUGUCAUCUGAAGACGAUGAUUUUGUGAAUAACUUUAGAGAUGACGUAACAGUGAAUACUGUUGAUAAAUACGCCAGGUUUUGUUUCCCAGUCUCAUAUUUACUUUUUAAUCUAUGUUAUUGGAUUGUCUUUUUGUCAACGUAAUCACUUGAUGUUCGGGAGGAAAAUCACAUAAGAAUUAUCGCAAUAUUUAACAAUUAUUUAUUUAUUCUAAUUGAAAGAGUACUGUUACGGAAACUUAGCACAGGCUAACCAGCCACAAGCUAACCAGCCACAGGCUAACCAGCCACAAGCUAUGCCGUUUUUUCUGAGGCUCGAUAAAAUGUCCUCUAUUCGCAUAACUCUUUGGACUCGAGAUGGUUUUUUCAAAAAGUUGACAGACAGUUCCUGUAUGGGAAUUUGAAGCGCCAUUUUUCUCGUAUAGCAAUUUUAUGUCAUAAAAAUAAAAUGAAGGGAUUUUUACAAGAAGACCCGAGUAAUUUAUUUAUUUACUAAUCUAGUUUUUAAUUUUAUCUGGUUUACUCAAAUUAAGAACGUGUCAGGGGUUUGGAAAAAAAAAUAUUAGUGCUAGCCCAUGAGAACAGAGGGCGAAUUUCAAGGCCGAAGUCGUUAACUUCAAGAGAAAAUUGUUGCACCAGUCCUUUCCCCCUAGUGAAGAAACGCCUCUCAUGUGACGAUCAAUGCGAAUGUGCAUCUUUUUUAGCUAGAAUAAUUGUCUUGCAAGUACUGUUAAUAAAACUUGAUUGCCUUUA